AUCUGGUCUGUGGCUUAAUUGGAAGCGCGGGAAAGCCACCCUGUCUUACUUGAAGAAGUCUACUACAUGUUUUACACGUGGCAGUUGGCAUGGUGUUAUCAGCUUUCCGCUUACUCAUGCCUCGCCUUUGCGGGAACGAAGAUGCUGGCUGACUGGGAAAUACACACACGGUGAGAUGUACAGAUGAGGUGAGCAUGUAACUUCAAAUCCCAAUGUAGUCCCGUCGCAGUUCAGGUGUUGGUACUGUCUUUGCUCUUGCCGAGUGCUGUAAAGGGCCUAUGUUCCUGUUUCUGAACGUAGCCGGUUCAUCCUUCUGCAGAUGUCAGGAGGCGAAUCCGUCAUCGGGUAAGGCCACCGGGGGUCACUGGCAAAGUGGGGAGUGCUGUGCUUUUUAUCUACUAAGCUCUGGACGUGAUUGUGGUCAGAUUCAUCGAGGUCUGGGCGUAAUUGCUGUCAGAUACAGCAUUUAGGAAAGUGGUAGCGUGAGUAGGCACUAAGCAUGUGGAGGUGGAAUCAACUCAUUUGAGAGCAGGGGGAUGCUAUCGGCAGCGCAGCAGUGGCAGUUGGUCUUGUCAUUGCUUCAGCCGGUGGAUGAAGAGAACUGCAUAGCGCUUUGCGAGCUGUGAAGACCCAGUUGUGGCAGCUGGUCAUGCCAUUCGUUUCGCAGAGUCGUUGAGGUAUGGGUGAUGGCAGCAUGUAGUGAUUAUCCUAACACUGCGAGUUUGUUAUGCGGACGACCGUCGAUUCCCAUUCUGUAUUCUGUCCAUCGGCCCCAGGCCUCGUCCUACAUGGCGGCUAGUAUCUUGCACCAUGUACUUCUCUGGCAGGCCAGUUCACUGAUGCUUUGAUGCUGAUGGCUCUAACCCGGAGUGAAAUUCUGGGGUAUUGGGCGACAUCGUACAUCUCUCAGCCUGGUCAAGUCCGUGUGCACGACUUUGCAUGAGCUCCGUGGGAGUCGUCAGUCUAGUUCCGUCCCAUUGACUCUGUGAUUUGCGUGAACUGGCGGUCGCCCAACGCACAUGCCGUCACAACGAGAUGUAGAAACUGGGCGAGAACGAACACAGGGUAAGAGGAAAGAGCAAUUCACUCAGGGAUCGACCAAUAUGUGACCAUCGUCCACCAAUAUGUGACCAUCGUCCACCAAUAUGUGACCAUCGUCGUCGUAAACGAGGGUUCAUGAGCGUGGCAUUAAGAAUGCUAGGUCACACACAGGUUGCUGCGUUCGGGUGAAAGACUGCAGAUUGCAGGUGUGUCGUGAUGUUGACCGUGCCCAUGUUAAUGGGAGUUACAGUGUCAGAGACAGCAAGGGGACGGUUCUGAGAAUGGGUCUGCUCGCUUGCUGUGGUGGCCGAUCCUAUCGCAUCCGUGUCGUAGUCCUGGGGAGCUGAACCCCUGGGGAUCCCCGCGUGACAAUGGUGGUCAAGGCAAAGGUCUCUUUGAGAGGGGAGUGUGGGUACCUUUGGGAGUUGGGUUCAUUCGAGGAUGUUCAAGCAUCAACGGCCUAGUAAAGAGGAGGGAGGAACCAAUAAGGAAGAAAGGUCCGCUAACUGUAAAUAUAGUUUCGUCGGUGUGCUUGGUAAUAGUGACUUGGAUUCACAAUGUGUUUAACUGGAAGUACAUCAAAUGGAGAAUAAAUAUGAUGAUGUGUGCCCUGUAUUGUUGUCGUUUUAUUACAGCGGAACGCGCACACUUGUAUAUGCUGUUGUGUGUGACACAUGGUUUUGUCUUCUGGUGGUUCUGGAUCAGAUCAGGAGAGGCUUGAAGUUGCAGAACAGGGGAAUGAAUGGAAACUGCUGCAGAGUUCUAGUGUGAAUGAUGAUCACUGCGAUAAUGAGGUCGUCGACAACGAUGUUUUGGACAGUGACUUUCCGUCCUCAUGCCUUUUACGCUGCGCUCUGAACGUUGAUAAGGCAGGUAAGUCUGGUGCCAAUGUAGCAGAGAAGGGUAGGAUGAUUCUGACAAUGACUGAUGUAGGCACCAGGACGAUGAAUGGCUUGCUUCUGGUUUGCAUGCAAGAGUGAGGACAUGUGGCUUCUUGUGCUGCGUCUAUAUUAAUUAAGCUUGUGGUGGACAGUGUGAGCUCCGUUGUUACAUUACUC